UCGUGACUGGCCAUUGUAAUGUUUUUUUUUUAUAUAUACUUUGCGCCAUCACCAGCACGUGGAAAGGAAGUGUAGCGGUAGGUGCACAGCACACAACUCCUCCAUCGCCCCCACAGACGCCAUACACGCCAUGCCCACUGUACCUCCGCGGAGUUAAUGUUAUUUUUGCCGCGCCAUUCGUGUCCUGUGAGCGCCAACCGCCGCCUGGCUGGAUCCUCCACGCGUGCAGGGAUGUUGCACACGGACUUACAGUAGCAGAGCCUCGAUGAAGAACAUUUCCUUCGCCACGGCGUCCUAACGCUACCUCCACUUUUCAGAAGAAGCACAACCUCCUCUCCCUGGCACCUUUCCACUUCUUCUUGAUCUCCAAAUUAAACACCUCAAAAGUCUCCUCUCUUCACCGUCUGCACGCCUUGGAGGGACACUGCUGUUUUGUAGCCAUGCCAAAUAACACCAGAGUGACCCAGCUGGAGCACAGCAGUGAGCCGGUCACUGAGUCUGUGGCUGACCUGCUGUCUCUGGAGCACCCCAUGGACUAUAAGAGCAGUCAGAUGAGCAUGGGCCUCAGCCCGGGCUCCACUGCCCCGGUAAGAGCACUGCUGCCUUCCCCUGACCCUGAUGCAGAGGACGGACGGCCGGCAUGGAACAACAAAAUGCAGUACAUCUUGGCGCAGGUGGGCUUUUCUGUGGGUCUGGGUAACGUCUGGAGGUUCCCCUACCUGUGCCAGAAGAAUGGCGGGGGCGCUUACCUGGUGCCCUACUUCAUCCUCCUCCUCCUCAUCGGCAUCCCUCUGUUCUUCCUGGAGCUGGCGGUGGGUCAGAGGAUUAGGCGUGGCAGCAUUGGUGUGUGGAACUACGUGUACCCCCAGCUGGGAGGCAUUGGGGUUUCUAGUCUGAUGGUUUGCGGCUUUGUGGGUCUCUACUACAACGUGAUCAUCGGAUGGAGCAUCUUCUACUUCUUCCAGUCUUUCCAGUACCCGCUUCCUUGGGCUGAAUGUCCUGUUCAAAUCAAUGGAACUCAAGCCAUCGUGGAGCCGGAGUGUGAGAAGAGUUCGGCCACCACGUACUUCUGGUACCGUAGGACGCUCAACAUCACCAGCAGCAUCGACGACACCGGCGGACUGAACUGGAAGAUGACUCUGUCCUUGCUGAUCGCUUGGAUCUUGGUGUGCUUGGCUGUCAUCAAGGGCAUCCAGUCCUCUGGGAAGGUGAUGUACUUCAGCUCACUCUUCCCGUACGUGGUGCUCUUCUGUUUCCUGGUGAGAGGCUUGUUCUUGAGAGGAGCGGUGGAUGGCAUCGCCCACAUGUUCACCCCAAAGCUGGAAAAGAUGUUGGAGCCGCAGGUGUGGAGAGAGGCAGCCACCCAGGUGUUCUUUGCGCUGGGCCUAGGCUUUGGCGGAGUCAUUGCCUUCUCCAGCUACAACAAGCGAGACAACAACUGCCACUUUGACGCCGCCCUGGUCUCCAUCAUCAACUUUGUUACGUCCAUCUUGGCCACUUUAGUUGUUUUUGCUGUCCUGGGCUUCAAGGCAAACAUCAUGAACGAGAAGUGUGUUAUAGAGAAUGCCGAGAAGAUUCUAAUGUAUCUGAAUACCAGCGUGCUGAGCAAAGAGCUCAUUCCUUCUCACAUCAACUUCUCCCACCUGACCACACAAGACUAUGCAGAAAUGUACGGAGUCAUUAAGACAGUGAAGGAGGAAAACUUUGCCCAGCUAGGCCUGGACCCUUGUUUGCUGGAGGAUGAACUCAACAAGUCGGUUCAGGGCACUGGCUUGGCGUUCAUCGCCUUCACAGAAGCCAUGACGCACUUCCCUGCCAGCCCUUUCUGGUCUGUCAUGUUCUUCUUCAUGCUGAUUAACUUGGGCCUGGGAAGCAUGAUCGGAACCAUGACGGGCAUCACCACGCCCAUACUUGAUGCCUUCAAGGUCCGCAAAGAGAUCCUGUGCGUGGUUUGCUGUGUCAUUGCCUUCCUAUUGGGUCUGCUGUUUGUGCAGCGUUCAGGGAACUACUUUGUCACCAUGUUUGACGACUACUCGGCUGGUUUGCCGCUCACCGUGGUGGUCAUCCUGGAGAACAUCUCUGUGGCCUGGAUAUACGGCACUAAACGGUUCAUGCAGGACCUGGAGGACAUGCUUGGUUUCAGGCCGUACUCUUUCUAUUACUACAUGUGGAGGUACGUGUCACCAGCUGUGCUGGUGGUACUUAUUGUGGCGACCGUCAUCGAGAUGGCCGUCAGCCCCGCAGGAUACAACGCCUGGGUUGAAGCCGAGGGCGCAGAGCGUUUCCACAGCUACCCACCUUGGGCUUUAGGCAUGGCCUAUUCCCUCAUCGUGGUGGCCAUGCUGCCCUUACCUCUGGUUUUCAUCGUCCGCCACUUCAACCUGGUGUCGGACGGCUCCAACAAGCUGUCCGUCUCCUACCGUAAAGGCAUGAUGAAGGAUAUCUCCAACCUGGAGGAACAGGACGAGCAGCGUUUCAUCCUCAACAAGAACCCCAGCGAGGCUCCUUCUCCCAUGCCCCCUCACCGUGCCUACCUGGGGCCCGGGGUUACCCAGGAGAUGACCAACACCAACUAUGGCACCAGCACCAAGACGGGCUACCAGAACAUCGGCUCGCCCGAGUCCGAGCUAUGAUGCGGCAUUUCGCAGUGCGUCGUCCGGAGAAGAGAAGAGAGAGAAAAAAAUCCACCUGUCAAGUGAUCAGUAGACGUUUUCCAAGCUUCAGGUGUGCCCAAUUUGCAAUGUUCUGAAUAAUAAUCCCACAUUUAGGAGGUGGUUUUCUGAAUGUAAAGAGCACAAUCUCGUACAAAUUGUUCACCCUACAUGGUCACAAUACUAGUGUCUGAAACGUGAUUGUGGUGUUGUUAAACAAGCACAUUCUUAUUUGUGUUACUGCGGGACAGAUGCAGCUAUAGUUCCAGCAUCUCUGAGCCUUAAAACAAAGCAGCACUUUUUCUUUUCCCAUCAUAUCUUUCUUAGACAAACACAGCUCCGUGUUUGUUCCCGGUUGUCCAAGCAAUCAUGCUAAGCGCAAAUGCUCGUGUUUGAUCAGCUUCACGCUCGCCGUUGCCGGGGCUCGGAGGUGUGAGUUUUGUCAUUCAGAUGCACAAAUGCGUGCUUGGGCUUGUGAGCCACUCCUGAAUGAGAAUAGGUGUGUAAAAAUAGAGUUGUGCGUUACCCAGGGGAAGCCGUGGCAACGCGCCAUAGAUACAGAGCCUUUUGUGAUGACGAGGAGGAGGAGAGUGGACGCCUUGGCUUUUGUUGGCUGCACCUGCACAUUUGCUCAGCAAUAGACGAGACGGUUUUACUGUUAAUCCGUUAUUUACCUUCAUUAUAGAACAUUCCGACACCCUGAACACAAAGGCUAUAUUUUGAUGUCUGUACAUGUGUAUUUUCCUGUGAGUGCAUUUUUUUGGUGGGUUCAAGUUGUACAGUGAUAACCGUAUUGAAGUGGCAAUACACUUCUGUAACCACUAGGGGUCUCUGCUGGUCAACAAAGGAGACAAUGCCCCGCCCCCCUUCCCUGUAGCCCCUUUUCGAGGCAAAACCAAUGCUUGUGACCGAUCAGGUGUAAAGUGAAGCACACACAGGUCAGUCACAGUGUUCGGUGCCUGUGGAGCGUCUGUUUGCCUUAUGCUUAUUGUGCCAGUUCGUUCUUGAUGAUAUACUUUAACUAUGUGCAGUUUUAAUCAAUGUUAUUUCGUCUUGUCCACCUGAACACUUUAAUUAGAUUGAGACCCUGGAGUUGUUUUGUCAAGCACACACUUUUAGAGGGCAGCUCUGUGGGAUUUGAAGUCAAUAGGAUGCACUUAUGAGGGUUUGAAGGGGGUCAAAGCGCUUUAAGUUAGGUUAGGUUACUUUAUUAGUACCCAAAGGUGAACUGGUUUUGCAGCCAGCAAGAUCAGGACAUCCGUUAAAUAUACAGAAAAAGUAAAAUGUUGAAUGAAUGAAAUGAGUUUAUUUCGGUCAUAUAAUCAACCAUUUUGUGUGAUCAAUUUAACAGCACAGAUUAUACAUAUUAACAAUCAUACACAUACACACACAAAAAGAAAAAGAAUGACCGAAAAAGGAAUAGGCUGAAGCCAAUGCUUAGAGUGUCCGCCCUGAGAUCGAUAGGUUGGAGUUCAAAUCCCAGCCGAGUCAUACCAAAGACUAUAAAAAUGAGACCCAUAACCUCCCUGCUUGGCACUCAGCAACACGGGUUGGAGUUGGGGGUUAAAUCACCAAAAUGAUUCCCGGGCGCGGCGCCGCUGCUGCCCACUGCUCCCCAAGGGGAUGGGUCAAAUGCAGAGGACAAAUUUCACCACAUCUAGUGUGUGUGACAAUCAUUGGUACUUUAAUCUUAAUCUUUAAUCUUAAUCUUAAUCUUAUAUUUGCCUAUCCUAUACAUUCACUGAAAAUUAGAUUGCCUGGAACAUCAAUGUUCAAAAAAUCAAUGGGAUGAAAGUAAUUGUUGCUAUAUUUGAUAAUUUUCCAUUAUUUCACCUUUCAAGGCUUUCUUAAACCUUAACAAAGAACUACAUGUCUUUCACCAUUUAACUCCUAAAACUGAAAUACAUUUGUAUUUAUAUUCAUUCUUACUUUACAUGUUUCAAAAAUCAAUAUACCCCUUAAAUUAUAGUUUUCUCCUCUUAAUUCAAAUAACCUAAGAAUACAAGCUGUAAGGCUGUUGUUCUUUACUCGAAACAUAAUUUCCAUUGUUUUUAAAAAACACAACAUCUGAAAAUGUUAACACCUUAGAACUUAUGAAUAAUGGAUUGGUAUGUUCAUAGUAGCACACUUUGUGUAUUAUUCUAGUUAACCUUUUUUUGAAGUUUAAUUAUUGGGUCUAUGUUUGUUUCAUAAACAUUUCCCCAAACUUCAUGUUAAAUAUAGAAAAAAAUAAAAGAAUAAUAUUACAUAUGCAGACAUUUCUUAUUCAGCAUGUGUCUUACUUUAUAAAGAAUAAUAAUAAUAUGUUAGACAUAUAAUACAUGGACCUACCACAUAACCAGCAUUACAAACAUUGAUAAGAUCAUACAAUUGUAAAUGAAUUAAAAGUUCUCCAUAAAAAGGAUAACAUAUAAAAUCACAAUAAAGUAGGAUUUGGAGCAAUCCAGAAUAAAGUAUCAUAAAUAAAAUAAUAAAUUACACCAAAACAAAUAUGGGCAAAAAGAUGGACUACAACUUCUUUAGUUCGGUUAUGGCAAUUGGUACAAAACUGCAUCUGUACCGUUUUGUUUUGCCUCUUCGAUUAAAAUAUAAUUAUUUAUAAACACUGAUGGCACAGUAUCAGGAGCAAUUCCAGCUAUUGGGGUGUUAAAAUGAUGGAAACUUUACAUUUUUAGGUAAGACGACAGGGCUGCCUAGUAGUUGACCACAUGUCAUCUUAUAUAGUGCAACAUCGAUUUACAAACUUAAUUGGUUCUUCAACAUGGUUCACCAACUGAAAAGUUGGAAUAAAAAAGAAGAGUUCGAAUAGUGACGCAGAGUUUCCUAUAAGAAUCAAUGUAAACAUGAAUAACAAGGGGUUAAUAACUCAACAAUCUAUGUUUUUUAUCCAGACAACACAACAACAUAACAGCAAGCUUAAAUGGCAGCACAUAUUCUUACAAAAGUCUUGUUGGUGCUCUCUAAAACCAAAAAAAGGGAAUAUAAUUUUAAUAAUAAUUUGUCUAGCAACCUUAAGCUAUACAGCAAGACUGAGAGUUUGGACACAUUUAAAGCGUUUCUGAUCACACAAAGUGAUCUCUAAGUGCUCUGACCGCGCCGACAAUUGUGGAAAUAAACUCAUCAGAAUUGCCACUUGCCGUUGAAGCUCUUCAAAAUGGCAGUGUCCAGGUGUAUAGGAUGUGACAUGGGGGCUCCCAUCUCUUCAAAAUGCAAAAUGAAUGAAUUAACCAUUGGUACACUGAGACAUGGUCCAAACACAGAGGCAUAUUUGGGGCGAUUGUAAACGUUUGUAAACCGAAACGGUCACAAAUAAUGACGUCCGUGAAUCAAGGUUGGCCUUGUAAGUAACUUUAUCAAAUAAUUUAGCAUUUUAAGUGGAAUGCAAUGCAAGAUGUCUAUGAAUUGCACAAAAAGCAAAUCACACUUGGAACCAGAAAAACAAACAUUUGCACGCUAUAUUUUUGCAUUUUUAAUUGCCAUUGUGACGCAUUUCUUCAAAUAGUGGCCGGGUUGACAGAGUUGAAUUCUUUCAUGUUAACUGCUAACUCACUUCACCAUAGCUGAAAGAUUUAGCUCUCUGAAGUAGAAAUAACCCACAAAAUAUGUUGGAGGCUCCAAAAGCAUUAGUCGUUCCUCGCCAUGUCACACUUCAAAGUUUGGGGCUUCACUAUAUUGAAGUUGUUUGUUUUUUAAAUAACCAAUUCUUGGUGGUUUUGGGCUGAAUUAAACAUUCGCAAACAUAAAAUGGUUAAAUGAGCAAUAAAAUAUUAAUACUACAGUUGUAUUAUCCGCGAGAGCCAAACGAAUCAAAGUGCACUUUUCAGUAUCGUGGCCAGUGAUUGGCUCAGCUUCAGGCAGCAUUACUGUAUUGGAUUAAACAGUGUAAAAGUCACUAUGUGGCUGUUAUUUUAGGUCUAGAAGUCCCUCAUAAUGUCAAAACCUGUCUUUAGUAGGUCGUAAACAGUUUUUAAUGCUCUAGCGAUGAAAAUAUUUGAUUCAUAAUUAAUCAUUCCUACUUCACAGAAAGUAAUUUACCUCGGUUCAGGCCUGGAACCAAUUGACAAUGAUAAACAAAGGUUUACUGUAUAUCCUUCUCAGAGCCAGCGUCCUCUGCAGUGGACGUUUGUAUUUUGUAUAACAGGGCUAUUUUUUUUCAAAAGGUGUAACUCUGACAAAAGCAAUAGCCCAAAAACAAAUGUCCACUAAAGAAGACAUUGGUUCGAAGGAGAAACUAUUGAUUAUCAUAGGGAUGAGUAUAGAAUUUGGUACUUUUAUUGCCACCGAGCAAUUCAAACGGUGCCAUAUUUCGAGAGCUUUGUUGCACAUGACGCCAUGUGCGGUUGCCUCAAGGUUAUUUUGCAAAAAAACAAGUAUGCCUGUUAGAAAAUGCUGGAAAAUAAGGUUGCACUUUUCAAAAUGUUUUUGCUUGAUGCUAAUAUACAUUGAAUUAGCCUUAGAUAUGCUACUGAUUUGCAUCAGUGAUUUUACAUGGCGAUUUCAACACAUUCAAUUUUGGUCAUGCAAUCUACAAUUAAGAUGCACCUUAUAAUCAAGCGGCAGGUUUGUAAUAGGUACAAUACUUACAGGAUAAACCCUUUUAAGGGCGCAACAAAAGACUAAAGUCAUCUGACUAGACAACACAUUGUUGUCUAUGCAAUACUGCCAUCUAACGUUUUUGAAUUGCAGCUGCAUGCUAAGUCUACUUUAUAAUACUUGCAAAUGAGACUCAGAAGUUUAAGAAAAAAGACCGACAGCACAGUUAUUAUUAAACAAUUAACAUGUAUUUCCACAUGAACACACGCAGGAGUAGAGAAAAUUGGUAUCGUAUCGAUUUUUAAAAGUAAUAGGUACCCAUCCCUAAUUAUCUAAGAUAUUGUACCGCGUGUCUAUCUUGUUUGCCUGUUGCACGGCUGUAAGAACUCACCUAUAGACAACAACUGUUGGGGAAAAAAACUGCUCGGUUAUGAUUUUCCUUAUUUCAGACAUGCUUAACAGUAUUCCAUUAAAGUACAUCACAUGUUUACACUUGCACAAUUCAACAUGUCUGACAUGAACUGUUUUAAUCCUCUCAGCAAUUACUGAUAGUUUGAUCACUUCCUGCGUUCAACAUGAGCAAAGUUACCGUUUUCCAAUAGGUGUACAGCUCCACUAAUGGACAUUGGAGUGUUACUUUCAAAGGCAAAAUUUAAGUAUUGCUAGAAACAUAAUUUUACAUGGGACUUUAUUGUAUUAUAUGUAUAGUACAUGUUCCAAAAAGAAAAAAAGCAUAAAACACCACCAGAAUUAGAGAUAUUACAAGUCAAAGUGAUGAAGCUUAGUGUUACACUCAUGACUUGGUGUAACUAAACAUUACCCUAUAAGAUGAAGGCAAUUGCAUUUUAUUGAUAUUUGAAAUGUAUUCAAUGUUUAUAAAUGAAUAUUUAAAUAUACUAAAUGUAAAAAAGGGAAUAAAUAUUCAAAAUAAGAUCAUUAAAAGAAAUCUAGUUUGGUUAAGGCCAUCAUGAGCGCAACACUAGGUUGUAAAAGUUUCAACUACAAUUCUAAAUAAGAUGUCAAACGCAAACUGAAAUCAAAUACACACAGCUUAAAGAUUGAUCAAUACCUAUUUAAAUUUAGUAAUACAUAAAUAUAAUGAUUUAUCAAAAUAUAAAAUAAAUAUACCUGAACAGAACGCUCAUGAUGGUUACACCAAAAAGUAACGCUAUGAAUCGCGUUUUUCCAAGUUUUUGGGGCAUUUUUAUGCUAUUUCCAAGCAUCUCCUUUUUAUUAUCGUUUAUUUUAAAUGGUCGAACUAAUGUAUAUUAUAUAUGCAUGCCCUAGUAAAAAAAAGUCAUAUUUAUUUUGAUUGUCACAUUUUGAAGUAUAUUUGUGCAGGUGGGUGUGAAUGUAUCCAUUACCAGAGCUGUACACCCAGGGAAAGAAAGAGUAAAGAUUGUUUAUUAGUAACAAUGUGAGUUUUUUCAAAGUACAGGAGAGGCUUGUGGUCUUGCAAAAGCAUACUGUAAUCCAGGGGUCCCCAAACUUUUUGACUCGGGGGGCUGCAUUGGGUUAAAAACAUUUGGCCGGGCUGUGUGUGUCUGUGUGUGUGUACAUAUAUAUAAGGUUUCUGUGGUUUAUCCGUUAUACAGUGCUCAAUACUGGGGGUAGAGCGGAAUAUACGUUAGGUCAGAGAAAACACAGAGGGAAACCUGCGAAACAGGCUUGUAGGGAUGAUAUAGCCUCUGUGUUUUUUC